GUUCUUCAGUACUCAGCACCCUCAUUCUCCAGCACUUCUCACCUAGUAAAUCAUCCCCCAUCAACGCGCCAAAGCCGCCCUGAAUUUUCCCGCUUUGAUAGUUCGCAGCAAAACAGCGAAUCGCGCCCACUACAGAUUAAAACGCGUCUAUCCGCCGUUCAGCCCCCAUCAAACCGUCUGCGUAUAGCUUCAUUUGAAGUCAAUACCAGCAAAACCACCACAUCACCACCCAACCUCAGAUAUCUUCACAGUCAAAAUGGCCCGCCCCAAGAAGACAGCUGUUGAGAAGCAGCAACCUGCCCCCGUUCCUAUUCCUCAGCACAUCCAGCAAUACCCUCAACAUCCUCAGCCUAUCGCCGCUGUUCCUCCCCAAGCAAUGGCUGUUCCCAUGCCCGCAGCUGUCGCUGUUCCUCAACCUCAGCCUGUCAUGGCACAGCGCGUUGUUGACAACGACAGUUUCCUCCGCGUGCGCGAUUCUGCUGUCGGUCGCUUGACUACUAUUCUUGAGCUCCUGAGAUCGUUCACUGCCGAUUAUGUCCGCCAGACCAACCUCUUGCUUGGUGAGCCUACUGCCGAGGGCUCUCAGGACAAUCUUCUUGCCAACUUUGAGCAUGCCGCUCAGCAGCUGAUCAUCAACCCUCCUGAGCUGGCUCCUCCCGUCGAGGAGAAGAAGGAGCGCAAGAAGCGAACCAUUGAUCCCAACGCGCCCAAGCGUCCCUUGACUCCUUACUUCCUGUACAUGCAACACGCUCGCUCUAUCAUCGCGAACGACCUGGGCUCUGAGGCACCUAAGGGUGCGGUCCAGGAGGAAGGUCAGCGACGAUGGGCUAAUAUGGGUCCCCAUGAGAAGCAGGGCUGGAACAAUGCUUACCAGUACAACCUCCGUCUCUACAACGCUCGUGUUCACUCCUACAAGAACGGCAACCCUGUUGCCAAAGGCAUGACUGAUGAGGAGGCUCUCAAGUAUGCCGAGGAUUUCCAAAUCCCCAUGCCUGAGCUCAAGGACGUCACCCAAACUGAAGCACCUGCCAAUGAACAGGACGCUAUUGCUGAGCAACUCCAGGCUGUUGCCGCUGCUCCUGCUGCUGAGGAGCCCGAAGAGUCAGAGACCCCCGCUAAGACUCCUAAGAAGGCCGCUGGUGGUCGCAAGCGCAAGGUGGCUACCCCUGCUGCCGCUGCUGAGGAGAAGCCAGCCCCUGCCAGCCCCGACAAGAAGCGAAGGCGCUCCACCAAGGCCGCCGUCGUCGAGCCCCAGGAAGAGCCCAAGAAGUCGGGUCGCAAGAAGACUAAGAGCUCUUGAUUGCCCUUCCUCUAUUCUCUCAUUCUGGGUUCGCGUUAGUUUAUCUUAGCUUUCCACAGCUCUCCGUUAAGCUCUUGGCGCAGAAUCUAUGCUAGCAAGAUGCACGAUACCUGAGGAGACUGGUAUAUACAUAGGGUGGACUAUAGGCGUUUCGUGGCGUUACAUAUUGCUUAUUCACAUUUGAGAUGGGCUGUUGGCACCUAUGGACGGUAAAAUCAGGGUUUUAUCAAUAGGGCUGGGAAGUAGGAAGGAUCACUGGACUGUGUACGAUGCCUAUGUUGUUUUGACGUCCACGGCGAUGCCGAUAUGAAUGAUCUUAAGCACAUUGAUUAUCUGACUCUUGCU